AUGAGUGCAUUAAUGAAAGUAGCUGUUUCUCGAAGCCCUGUUUCAUUGGCUUCAUAUUUAUAUCGUAACCUGCAUUUGUCAGUCGGAGGAGCUACAGCAGUCAGAGAUGCCUCAAGCAACACCAAUACAACAAAAGCCUACACCGUAAUAGACCAUAAGCAUGAUGCGCUGGUCAUCGGUGCCGGGGGUGCUGGUCUUCGGGCCGCCUUCGGGUUGGUGCAGGAAGGCUUCAAGACUGCCGUCGUCACUAAACUGUUCCCAACUAGGUCACACACCGUUGCUGCUCAAGGAGGAAUCAAUGCUGCUUUAGGUAACAUGGAGGAGGAUAGCUGGCUCUGGCACAUGUACGACACUGUGAAGGGAUCUGAUUGGCUCGGAGACCAGGAUGCUAUCCACUACAUGACGAGGGAAGCGCCCCACGCUGUCAUCGAGCUGGACAACUACGGCAUGCCGUUCUCCCGCACUCCAGAGGGCAGGAUCUACCAACGAGCUUUCGGAGGACAGUCACUCAAGUUCGGCAAGGGAGGUCAGGCGCAUAGGUGUUGCGCUGUCGCUGACAGAACGGGCCACUCACUCCUGCACACACUAUACGGCCAGUCUCUGCGAUACGACUGCGAGUACUUCAUCGAAUAUUUCGCAUUGGACCUGCUGAUGGAGGAUGGAGUCUGCAAGGGAUGCAUUGCCAUCAACCUGGAAGACGGAACACUGCACAGAUUCCAAGCUAAGAACACGAUCUUGGCUACUGGUGGUACCGGGCGGUCGUACUUCAGCUGCACAUCAGCCCACACGUGCACUGGUGACGGCACCGCCAUGGCUGCUCGUGCUGGUCUCCAGAACGAGGAUAUGGAGUUCGUUCAGUUCCAUCCCACUGGUAUCUACGGUGCCGGUUGUCUGAUGACUGAAGGUUGCCGUGGUGAAGGUGGUUUCUUGGUGAACGCGAAGGGUGAGCGCUUCAUGGAGCGUUAUGCUCCCGUCGCUAAGGACUUGGCCAGUCGUGACGUCGUCUCCAGGGCCAUGACUGUUGAAAUUAUGGAAGGUCGCGGUUGCGGUCCCGAAAAGGACCACGUACACCUCCAACUGCACCACUUGCCCCCGGAACAGCUGAAGCAGCGUCUGCCAGGUAUCUCGGAGACUGCCAUGAUCUUCGCAGGAGUCGACGUCACAAAGGAACCCAUUCCAGUACUACCCACCGUGCAUUACAACAUGGGAGGUACUCCCACCAAUUUCCGUGGAGAGGUUAUCACGCACUACAACGGAGCAGACAAAGUAGUCCCUGGUCUCCUGGCCGCUGGUGAAGCGUCCUGUGCAUCAGUACACGGUGCCAACCGCCUUGGAGCCAACUCAUUACUGGACAUCGUCGUCUUCGGCCGCGCCUGCGCCCUGACUGUCGCUGAAACCAGCAAGCCUGGUGAUGCGCAAUCCCCUCUUAAAGAUUCGACCGGCGAGGCUAGCAUUGCGAACCUGGACAAGGUGAGGUACGCUAACGGCUCGAUCUCGACCGCUGACCUGCGUCUGCGCAUGCAAAAGUGCAUGCAGAAGAACGCUGCUGUGUUUAGGCAGAAGAGCACGCUUGAAGAAGGCCAACGCCUCAUCCACGACAUCUACAAGCAGAUCAAGGACGUUAAAGUUUCCGAUCGUUCCCUAAUCUGGAACAGCGACUUGAUCGAGACCUUGGAGCUGCAGAACCUGCUUAUCAACUCGGUACAGAUUGUGGAGGGCGCCCUCGCUCGUGAGGAAUCUCGUGGUGCUCAUGCCCGCGAGGACUUCAAGACCCGUCGCGAUGAACUUGAUUAUUCCAAACCUUUAGAUGGACAGACUAAACUGCCCUUCGAGCAACAUUGGAGAAAGCACACUCUAGCAGAGACGAACAUAGAGACGGGCGAGACCAAACUGUCAUACAGACCUGUCAUCGACGACACACUCAAUGCGCAGGAGUGCAAGACUGUGCCACCAGUCAUCAGGACCUAUUAA